AUGGCGAUGAACAAAAUUCGCGGUGCCUUCACGGCACCAAGGAAGGGCGAGACUUUUGAAUUACGAGCUGGUCUUGUAUCUCAGUAUGCUUAUGAACGAAAAGAGGCAAUCCAGAAGACCAUCAUGGCCAUGACACUGGGGAAGGACGUGUCGGCUCUGUUUCCUGACGUACUCAAGAAUAUUGCCACGAGUGAUUUAGAGCAGAAGAAGCUUGUCUAUCUUUAUCUCAUGAAUUAUGCCAAAUCGCACCCCGAUCUUUGUAUUCUGGCUGUGAAUACUUUCGUGCAAGACUCCGAAGACCCCAACCCUCUGAUCAGAGCCCUAGCUAUUCGGACAAUGGGUUGCAUCCGCGUGGACAAGAUGGUUGACUACAUGGAGGAGCCACUCCGGAAGACGCUGCGGGACGAGUCACCAUAUGUGCGCAAGACGGCAGCAAUCUGUGUCGCCAAGCUAUUCGACCUGAACCCUUCUAUGUGCCUAGAGAACGGAUUCCUCGAAACCCUGCAGGAACUGAUCGGGGAUCCCAACCCGAUGGUCGUUGCGAACUCUGUGACUGCACUGGCAGAGAUCAAUCAGAUGUCGCCCGAAAUUGAUGCACUCCAAGUCACUUCCAGCACACUGCGGAAGUUGCUGAUGGCUCUGAACGAGUGUACCGAGUGGGGUCGCGUCACCAUCCUUACCACUUUGGCGAAUUACAAGACCACUGAGGUAAAGGAAUCCGAGCACAUUUGUGAGCGAGUCGUUCCACAGUUCCAGCAUGUGAAUCCCAGUGUGGUUCUGGCAGCAGUCAAGGUUGUCUUUCUGCACAUGAAGAAUGUCAAUGCCGAAAUGAGCAAAAACUUCCUUAAAAAGAUGGCCCCUCCUCUAGUCACCUUGGUUUCUUCUGCUCCUGAAGUUCAGUACGUGGCUCUAAGGAACAUCGAUCUAUUGCUCCAGAAGGAACCGGGCAUUUUGAAUAAGGAGCUCCGCGUAUUCUUCUGCAAGUACAAUGACCCGCCAUAUGUCAAGUUCCAGAAACUAGAAAUCAUGGUGCGAAUCGCCAACGAUCGCAACGUGGAUCAGCUUCUAGCAGAAUUGAAGGAAUACGCCUUGGAAGUCGACAUGGACUUUGUCCGCCGUGCCGUCAAGGCGAUCGGCCAGGUCGCUAUCAAGAUUGAGAGCGCUAGUGAGAAAUGCGUGAACACACUCCUGGAUCUAAUCAACACCAAAGUCAACUAUGUGGUGCAGGAGGCGAUCGUGGUUAUCCGGGACAUUUUCCGCAAGUACCCUGGCUACGAAGGCAUCAUCCCCACCCUUUGCCAGUGCAUUGACGAGCUGGAUGAACCCAACGCUAGAGCUGCCUUGAUUUGGAUUGUGGGCGAGUAUGCAGAGAAGAUCAGUAAUGCUGGCGAUAUCCUAGCCGGGUUUGUGGAAGGAUUCAAUGAAGAGUUCUCUCAGACUCAGUUGCAGAUCUUGACUGCGGUUGUUAAGCUGUUCCUGAAGCGCCCCGACAAGGCCCAAGGCCUGGUGCAAAAGGUUCUGCAAGCUGCUACGGCCGAGAAUGACAACCCGGAUGUCCGCGACCGCGCAUACAUCUACUGGCGCCUGCUAUCUAACACCAGUGAUUCCAACGCAACCAAAAACAUCGUGCUUUCCGAGAAGCCGCCGAUUGUGUCGACGGUCUCAUCUUUGCCUCCUGCGUUGCUUGAGCAGCUGCUAACAGAACUGUCGACCCUUGCUUCCGUCUAUCAUAAGCCUCCGGAGCAAUUCGUUGGCCAAGGUCGUUUUGGUGCUGACGCAGUGCAACAGGCUGCCAUCGAGGAACAAAUCCAGAACGCACGCGAAAAUCCCCUUGCGGCGGCGGCCGCCGCUGCUGCCGUCACAGGCGCGACUCCCCCGCCACAGGCACAGAGUAACAUUGAGAAUCUCCUGGACAUUGAUUUCGACGGCACGGCCCCGGCAUCUGCACAAAAGGAGCCAACCAACGGCAUGUCCGGUCUGGAAGGACUGGCAGGCACACCUGUUCGUGUGGAGUCGCCCGCUGUCGGGGUCCCCGCGUCGAGCAACAACCUGGACGACCUGCUUGGCGUGUUUGGCAGCAACGACGCGGUGCCCUCGUCUGCCGCGGGGGGUGUUGGAGUCAACGGCGGCAGCAGUAACGCCAUGGAUCUCAUGAACGGUUUCGCAGGGCUGGACUUGUCGUCCAACAAUGCGGCGACAUCGCCUUCAUUCCCUUCGCAGGGCACACAGCCCAAGAAGACCAACGAGGAUAUCCUGUCGCUGUUCUGA